AUGGCGACCGGUUGGGUAAAAUCCCUACAAUGCAAAUCCAGAGCGUUCGAUGACGUGUUCAGCCCAGCUCCGCGAAACCUCAUCGCCAGCUCCAGCUGCCGGAAAUCCGCUCAGAGCAUCAAGGACGUCAUCGACACCGCCGCCGCCGCCAAACACCACCACCAUAACCACAACCACAAGCUCUCCAAACUACCCAAAUCCCACCACCACCACCGGGAUUACAAGCGGCCUUCCCCUGCCCCUGCCCCGCCGCCGUCCCGACCAGGGCACAGACACAGCCCCUCGGAACCGGCGGCGAUCUUCCCGGCGCUGACGGAGCUGCCGGAGGGGCACCCGUCGAGGAACGUGGUGGAGAUCAUAUUCCACACGAGCUGGAGCGACAAGUCGUUCGCGGGUCGGAUCGAGAUGAUCUUCAAGGUCCAGAACGGGUCGCGGACCUCGACCCGGUUCGAGGAGUACCGGGAGCUGGUCAAGUCCCGGGCCGGGUUGUCGUCGGGUACCGGCGGCGGGACGUGGGAGGAGAACGCGAGGUGCGUGGCCGACGGGAACGAGAUGAUGAGGUUCUACUGCCUGGGCCCGGCCGGCGACGCGCGGGGAGGCGGCGCGUGGGUGUUCCCGGGAGUGAAGGGGUCGGCCAUCUGCACGUUUUCAGGGAGCGGCGGGGCCCACGAGAGCGCCGGCGGAGGGAAGGGCAGGAGGGCGAUGCUGGUCUGUCGGGUCGUGGCGGGCCGGGUGUCGAAGCGGGUCGGGUUCGAGUCGUUGCUGCCGGGGGAGGAGAAGCGGGUCGGGUUUGAGUCGGUGAGUGGGGACGACGGCGAGUUGCUGGUGUUUGAUAGCCGUGCGGUGUUACCUUGCUUUCUUAUCAUCUAUAAAUUGUAA